CUUCCCCCCUAAUUCAGGCAUACAUUUCACUCUCUCUACUUCAAGAGAACGGACUGCGACCUGCCAUUUCCGGCACGCCACCGCCACCACCGCCUCCGCCUGGGUCUUGCGCCCGUCCCAGUUGGAAUGAUUUGGUUGGUUCCUAAAUCAAAAAAAUUUGUGGUGCCAACAAGAUAUUUCCCCCUUCCUCAAUCAGCCAUAAGCGGAGACAUUUUCUUUCUUGACUAAAGCAAGCUCGUUGUCAUGGAAAGUAUGUUGAAAUAAUUGCUUUUUUUAGCCAAAUUUCUGUUAACAAAAAGAACAAAUAAAUAAAUAAAAGAAAAGAGAGAGAUAAGAUAUGCAUGAAUGUCAUGACUGUUUAUUUGUCAACUUGAAGAAUUCCAAGACAAGCGUGAUGGUUAAAGCAUAUGCACAAGAGCACAUUUACAAGCACCCAUGGGAGCGAGUUACUUCUGCAUCUUGGCGUAAGUUUGCUGACCCUGAGAACAAGCGGAUAUUGUCCCAUAUACUUGAAGUGGACACUUUAAACCACAAGGUGGAUGUGGAAGUAGGGAAGCUUUACACCACUCGUGCUAUCACAAUCCACACUCCAGGACCAUGGUUCAUCCGCCGAAUUGUUGGUCAAGAAAUCUGCCACUGUGUUGAAUCAACAGUUGUUGAUGGCCAAUCUCGAACAAUGCAACUCACCACCCGCAACAUCAGUCUUCAGAAGUUUAUAGAAGUGGAGGAGAAGAUCAGGUAUGAUCCCCACCCAAAUAAUCCCAAUGGCUGGACAAUUUGCAAGCAGGAGACUAGCAUACGGAUUAAGCCAUUAUCAAGACUGGCAUCGAUGGCAGAAAAGAUAGAGCAGCGAUGUGUUGAUAAGUUCCAGCAGAAUAGCGCCAAGGGUAGAGAGGUUAUGGAGAGGAUGUGCAAGUAUCUUGAAGCUGAAUCUGGUGGAAUGUCUCUUUAAAGUUGACUCCAUCAUGAAUUCUUAAGUGCUAGCAUAUCUAGUGCUUCCCAGCACUUGUAGAGAAGAGAAUUAACAGAAGAAUCGAAGUGACACCUUCACUUUGGUCUCCAGUAUAGGCCUUUUUACUGAUUUCUGAUCUAAGCAUGAAUCUCUUGUUGAGACCCGAGAUUGUGAUGUAAUAAAUUGUAUGCUUGUAGUUGUGUCUUCUGUUGCGUCUACUUUUCAUCUCAGUUUAAAAGGAUGGCUCUCUGUUUUGGAAGGAUAAGUUCUAGUACAAGUUAUUGUUCCAAGUGGACCUGAUUUACGUUCA